UAAUUAAUUUAAUUUUUUAUCUUUUUUUUUGUUUUUGUUUUUACAAAAAAGGGCGUGGGGCCCAUAGGCCAGUGGCCAGGCCAUAGCGGGCAGGCGUUAUCGGGCAGGGAAAAAAAUUCUGUGCAGACCGGCUGCAAAUCAAAUCCUGUGUAUACCCGACCCCGAUGGGUGACACGUGUACAGGCACAACAUCUGACGGCCGCCUGGUAGAGCGAGCGCUCCUCUCCACCGCGACGGCUCGGUCGCUCGGCUCGGCUCGAAUAGGAAACCCUCGUCCACCGUCGUGGUCGCCGCGUGCGCUAGCGGCCCCCUCGUCCGCCGCCGCCACACCCCAGAUCGACGACUGCCGCCACAACGUUUUUGCCUGAUACUCCGCCCUCCCCGUGCCCAUCACGCUCAGCAAGUAGCAGCGGAAGAAGGCGGCGCAGCGCAGCGCCAGCAGCGGCCUGAGGCAGCCGGCAAGGAGACAGAGCUCUUCGCCCCAAACUACGGCCGUCAAUGCCAGAUAUAAUCAAGCCACACAUGCUCUUUACCGAAUCUAAAAUCAGAAUGCCAAUAUAGGAGCAGAAGCUGGGUAUACGCCCCGGACUGAAGAUAAAAUCAGAGCGGUUCCGUGACAAAUGCUCAAACAUGUGUACAUAAAUUGAAAGACUUGUAGUUUGAUGAUUCUGGCCUUUCUGAAUUCUGUGUAAUCUGAAAGUUUGCCAAGAUUGUAAUAGAAACAUAGAUCCCAUUGUAAUCUAUUCGGGACCCUUUUGUCGUUUACAAGUAUCUCAUGAUAGGAACAAGAGAAACAAUCUCAGUUUGGAAGUCUCGUCAUUCCAGACAUCAGAUUUUUGAGCUAUUUGUCGUUUCAUAUUUACCUUUUCAAAGGAAUACGAGAAAGAAUUUUACUUUAGAAGUCUUUAUACGAAUCACAAGAAGUACAAAUCAGCGGGGGCGUGAGGCCCUGGCAGGCGGACCGGCCUCGGCCGGGAACGGCGGCGGCCAGCGGCGAUGGGGCAGCAGGGCGCGGCACGGCGUGGCUGGCAAUGCGGGGCGGGGACAGCGGGCGAGGCCGCCGCAGGGUGCAGGGGCGGGCCAGCGGGAGCGAGGCGACGCAAGCUGCACGGCCGAGCAGAGCAGCAGCGGGCGUCAGAGGUGGACGGCGGCGAUGCGAGCUCGGCCGCGGGCGCGACCGGCGACAACGGGCGUGGGGUGCACGUGCGGCGGCUGCACGUGCAUGGGCGUGGUGGGCGGAGCUAGCAGCGGCAACAGCUUGCGUAGCUCGGGCGCGUUUGAGCGGCACCGGCGGUCACGCACGAGCUGUAGCAGGUGGUGCGGGCGAGGUCGGCGCGAGGCAAGUAGGACGCGGCCAGACGAGGGCGGGGCCGCGGUUAGCUCGACAAGGGGGGAUGGCGAGCGUGGCCGGGCGCGCAGAGGCACGGGCGAAGGAAGCAGGCGCGGCGAUGCUGCAAGCGGGAGUGGGCGAGAUCCAGAGGAGCAACGGCCAAUGGCGCGGGGCGCGGCGGGCGCGGCCGAGGAGCAGCAGUGCAGCAGCAGAAGCAAUGUUGAGCAGGCAGUAGCAGCAGCGGCUCAAGCACGCACGUACGUAGUAGCUCGAGCUCCGACCAUGGUCACUACAGACGACCACGGGAGCGGCGGUAAACGGCACAGAUCGAAGGGGCAAAGCGGUGGAAUCGGCAGAGAGGCUCACCGAGAGGCACACAGGUGGCCGGCGAGAGGUUAGGAGCUGAAGCGGGCGGCGGAUCGACGGCAAGGAGCUUCGGCGUCCCGAUGAUGAAGAAGACGGGUUAGGCGUCGCUGUGCAGCUUCACCGGCCAGCCUCGGGCGUGGGCGGGACGAGGACGACGCCGGGAGGCCGUAGGACAGCUCGACGAGGCCGUUGGGGAGGAGUUCGGGGACGACGACGGUGCGGCGGAGACGAGGACGACGGUGCGGUGGAGACGGGGACGACGCGGCGACCUCGGGCAACUUCUCGAUCCAGGGGGAGGUGGGGAGGAGUGGCUGCGGGGGGAUUUAGGGUUCGGGGAAGAGGGGGGUGCCAGGGUCGACUAAAUAGGCGAGGGGGCUGCCGGAUGGGCGCCACGGCGUCUUGGCCGUGGCGGCCAUCGGUGGUAGCCAUGAGCCACCGUGAACAGAGAGGAGGGGGG